GUGGCGUCAGAGAGCUGAGCUGCAGCCGCUCGAGAACAAGCAUUAACUUGUUUUUGGGGGAAAUUGCACUUUUUAUUUUGAGUCUGUUUUAACUUUGCUCAGAGGCGACAUGGCGCAGUACAAAGGAGCCGCCAGCGAGGCCGGCAGAGCGAUGCAGCUGAUGAAGAAACGCGAGAAGGAGCGAGAGCAGCUGGAGCAGCUGAAGCAGAGGAUAGCAGAGGACAACAUGGUCAAGGCCAACAUUGAUAAGAAGUUCUCAGCUCACUACGAUGCUGUGGAGGCGGAGCUCAAGUCCAGCACGGUUGGUCUGGUGACUCUGAAUGACAUGAAGGCCAAACAGGAGGCGCUGGUGAAGGAGCGGGAGAAACAGCUGGCCAAAAAAGAGCAGUCCAAGGAACUCCAGCUCAAGCUUGAGAAGCAGAAAGAGAAGAAACGAAAGGAGGAGCAGAAGAGGAAGAUAGCAAGUUUAUCUUUUAAUCCCGAGGAUGAAGAGGAGGAGGCAGAGGAAGAGGAAGAGGAGGAGCUGGACUAUUCCACAAUGAAGAAGAAGAAAUUGGGGAAAAAUCCAGACGUGGACACGAGUUUCCUUCCAGAUCGGGACAGAGAGGAGGAGGAGAAUCGUCUCAGGGAGGAGCUCCGGCAGGAGUGGGAGCUGAAGCAGGAGAAGAUCAAGAAUGAGGAGAUCGAGAUCACGUUCAGUUACUGGGACGGUUCUGGACAUCGGAAAACUGUCAAGAUGAAGAAAGGGAAUACCAUCCAGAACUUCCUCCAGAGGGCCCUGGAGGUCCUGCGGAAAGACUUCAGCGAGCUCCGGUCGGCCGGCGUGGAGCAGCUGAUGUACAUCAAAGAAGAUCUGAUAAUCCCACAUCACCACAGUUUUUACGACUUCAUCGUGACCAAAGCCAGAGGAAAGUCUGGUCCUCUGUUCAGCUUCGACGUCCAUGAUGAUAUUCGUCUGGUGAACGAUGCCACCGUGGAGAAGGAUGAGUCUCACGCAGGUAAAGUGGUGCUGAGGAGCUGGUACGAGAAGAACAAGCACAUCUUCCCCGCCAGUCGCUGGGAACCGUACGACCCUGAGAAGAAAUGGGACAAAUACACGAUCCGGUGAUCUUCUCCAGACUUUGGAAAACUCCGUGGGAAAUCUUUUGUCGAUAAUUAAAUUUUUUAUCGUUCUUUAUCACAAUUUGACUGUAGAAAAACUGUAUUUGUGGGCUCUUUUUUUUUUUUUUUUUUACCCUCACAUGUCUGUGUUUUCAUCUCCAGUGUUAACAGCUUGAAAAUUAAAAGUGUAAAUAGUUUGCACAUCUUGAAGCAUCUGUGCUCAAUAAAACGUGGCUGGGACUCUGAGA